AUGGCGGACACAGAUUACAUUCCGAGAGGUUUCCACUGGGCCGAUUACGUCAUCUUCGGAGCAACAAUCGUAAUGUCGUCUGCUAUUGGCGUUUUCUUUGCUUGCUCCGGUGGAAAACAGAAAACGACCGCUGAAUACCUCCUCGGGAAUCGGAAACAGAAAGUAGGCCCGGUUGCCAUGUCACUAAUUGUGUCUUUCGAAUCGUCCAUUAUGAUGUUAGGCUUUCCAGCAGAAAUGUACGCAUACGGUACUCACUACUGGAUGAGCUUAGUGGGAUACUUCUUCUGCAUAAUCAUCAUCUCCCAGACUUUUGUUCCCCUGCUCCAUCCUCUGAAACUUACCAGCUCGUAUGAGUACCUGAAUAUGAGGUUUAAUUCCCGGGGCGUCAGACUGCUGGCCUCAGUUCUGGGUAUUAUUAAUUAUUCCUGGUAUAUGGGUAUAGUCUUGUUUGGACCAGCAACAGCAUUGGAAGCAGUGCUUGGUUUCCCGAUCGUCUACUCAGUGAUACUCGUUACUGUUGCCGCAGUUUUCUACACAACAAUUGGUGGUAUCAAAGCUGUGAUAUGGUCAGAUGCUCUGCAGUUCAUUAUAAUGCUUAUGGGUAUAUUGGCCGUCGUGAUAGGGGGAACAAUUGCUGUAGGAGGAGUGGGGCCUGCUUUCCAUUAUCUUGAAAAAGGUGGCCGGAUAAAAUUAUACGAUUUCAACCCUGAUCCGCGAACGAGGCACACCUUCUGGAACCUCAUUCUCGGGGGCACCAUACGGGCGCUGGGUCUUGGAAUCAACCAAUCCUCUGUCCAGCGUAUCUCAUCGAUGAAGACAUUGUCCGGGGCUAAAGUAGUGAUGUUGCUGACGUUUCCCGGAUUCUUCCUCUUUUCGUCUCUGGCCUUCGUACAAGGCCUCCUCGCCUACUCGUAUUUCGCUCACACUCACUGCGAUCCACUUGGAGCCAGUCUGGUGACUAACCCAAAUCAGAUUCUGCCUUACUUUGUGAUGCAAUUGUUUAAAAAACAACCGGGUUUGCCGGGACUUUUCUUGGCAUCAUUGUUUAGCGCAUCUCUUAGCACACUUUCUUCUGGAUUCAGCGCCAUGUCGGCCAUUCUCUGGAGUGAUUUUCUAAAACCUUGUUUUCCUAAGGUUUCAGAGCUAACAGCGACGUUUAUAACAAAAAGCACAGUUUUAUUCCUUGGUGGUCUUGCUAUUGGAAUAGCAUUCCUUGUCAUGCAGAUUGGAGGGCCUUUGAAUCAGGGAGCCAUCUCGGGAUCCAUUGCUGCUUUCGCUUUCGUUUUCUGGAUUGCCAUGGGUUCCAGUUUUUCACCUCUGACGAUCCGGACACCCUUUCUCCCCUCUGCACCUGUUGACCGAUGUCCCGUCUAUAACACCACUGCCGGCAAUCUAACAAUGGCCGCCUGGAAUGCCAGCGACUAUAUGUCCACCGGAGUGCCCGUUGCGGAGAUUGACAUUCCCUUGGAACUGCCCGAAAAGAUAUACAGGGAAUACUCAGGCGUUGACUCUUUCCUAUCAUACCUUUACUCACUCUCCUACAUGUGGUACUCUCCAAUGGGGAUGAUUUUGACAGUGGUAUUUGGUCUGAUUGUUAGCCAUGCAACAGGCCCCAACCCUCCAGGCACAGUCGACCCGAAGUAUAUCGUACCUAUAUUUGACCGGCUUUUCUGCUAUUUACCAAGCUCUGUCCUUGACAAACUUCGCUACGGCAAAGACUUCGUCCCAAAAGACGAGGACGUUUGUGAGGAGCUUGUUAAAGUAACCGACGACGGAGAUAUGUACCUGGUGGUUGAUUCCGAUCCAGCCAUGAUAACGGUCAUACCUAACUGCACCAAAAACUCACAGGCAAAACAGAACUCCGAGGUUGUUGAACGACAGACUCCUAAUGGCCAAAUAUAA